ACCGGGAUAAGGACGUGUGGAAGCCGGAGCCGUGCCGGAUCUGUGUGUGUGACAGCGGCACCGUGCUGUGCGAUGAGAUCGUGUGUGAGGAGCUGAGGGACUGCGCUAAACCCGAAAUCCCGCUCGGGGAGUGCUGUCCCGUCUGCGCCAGCGCCGACGCCUCCACACCUGAGGUUGUGGGGCCGCGGGGACCGUCCGGGCCGAUGGGUCCGCCGGGAGAACAAGGCCCACGCGGAGACCGGGGAGAGAAGGGGGAGAAGGGAAGUCCGGGCCCUCGGGGACGAGAUGGAGAGCCGGGAACCCCAGGAAACCCUGGACCUCCAGGACCUCCAGGACCCAACGGACCACCAGGCCUUGGCGGAGGUCCGAUGGGCCCCCGAGGACCCCCAGGCCCCAACGGAGCUCCGGGUCCUCAAGGAUUCCAAGGAAACCCAGGAGAAGGCGGAGAGCCGGGAUCAUCCGGCCCAAUGGGUCCCCGUGGCCCACCCGGACCCCCAGGGAAACCAGGAGAUGAUGGUGAGCCGGGCAAACCUGGCAACGGUGGAGAGCGUGGACCCCCAGGCCCUCAGGGAGCUCGUGGAUUCCCAGGAACACCCGGACUACCUGGAAUCAAGGGACACAGAGGUUACACAGGUCUUGAUGGUGCUAAAGGAGAGUCUGGAGCUACUGGAGCAAAAGGUGAAUCCGGCUCUCCUGGAGAAAGUGGAGCUCCUGGACCGAUGGGUCCGCGAGGUCUGCCUGGUGAACGGGGGCGUCCAGGACCGUCAGGAGCUUCUGGUGCUCGUGGUAAUGACGGUCUGCCUGGCGGUGCUGGUCCACCGGGUCCCGUUGGUACAGCAGGAUCUCCCGGGUUCCCAGGAUCCCCCGGUGCAAAGGGUGAAGCGGGACCAACCGGAGCCCGAGGGCCUGAGGGAGCACAGGGGCCCCGUGGAGAGUCUGGUGUUCCUGGAGCCUCGGGACCCUCUGGAGUCUCUGGUAACCCUGGUUCUGACGGGAUGCCUGGAGCCAAAGGAUCAGUGGGCGCUCCGGGUAUCGGUGGAGCUCCUGGUUUCCCGGGUCCGCGUGGUCCUCCAGGCCCUCAGGGAGCGACAGGUCCUCUAGGGCCAAAGGGUCAAUCUGGGGACUCGGGCCUCGCAGGGUUCAAAGGUGAAGCCGGUCCUAAAGGAGAGAUUGGAAAUGCUGGUCUACAAGGGGCUCCAGGUCCUGCUGGAGAAGAAGGCAAGCGAGGACCCAGAGGAGAGCCUGGUGCUGCGGGCCCCCCAGGGCCAACUGGAGAACGGGGAACGCCUGGUAAUCGAGGUUUUCCCGGACAAGACGGUCUUGCUGGUCCAAAGGGUGCGCCCGGAGAGCGUGGACCUGCAGGCGUAUCGGGACCUAAAGGAGCCGGUGGAGAUCCAGGGCGGCCGGGAGAACCAGGUCUACCUGGUGCAAGGGGUUUGACGGGACGUCCAGGAGACGCCGGUCCACAGGGCAAAGUCGGUCCGUCUGGCGCUCCGGGUGAAGACGGUCGUCCGGGACCCCCGGGGCCUCAGGGUGUUCGCGGUCAGCCAGGAGUCAUGGGAUUCCCGGGACCCAAGGGUGGAAAUGGUGAGGCUGGAAAGGCUGGAGAGAAGGGACUCGCUGGAGCUCCGGGUCUGCGUGGUCUGCCUGGUAAAGAUGGAGAGACCGGUGCUGCUGGGCCUCCAGGACCUGCCGGCUCUGCGGGAGAGCGAGGCGAGCAGGGACAGCCGGGACCAUCAGGCUUCCAGGGUCUGCCUGGACCCCCGGGGCCCCCCGGUGAGGGAGGUAAACCUGGAGAUCAGGGAGUUCCUGGAGAGGCCGGAGGGGCAGGGGCUACCGGACCCCGAGGUGAGCGAGGGUUCCCAGGAGAGAGAGGCGGUGCUGGGCCACAGGGGCUCCAGGGGCCCCGGGGUCUACCAGGAACACCAGGAACCGACGGCCCCAAGGGUGGUGUGGGACCCGCGGGGACAGCUGGAGCUCAGGGUCCUCCAGGACUGCAGGGAAUGCCCGGAGAGAGAGGCACGUCUGGGAAUCCAGGACCAAAGGGCGACCGAGGCGAUAAUGGAGAUAAGGGACCAGAAGGAGCUCCGGGUAAAGACGGCUCAAGAGGUUUAACGGGUCCAAUUGGUCCAACAGGUCCUGCGGGACCCAACGGUGAAAAGGGAGAAUCGGGACCCGCGGGACCGUCUGGAGUUGCGGGGACUCGCGGUGUUCCUGGUGACCGAGGAGAGACUGGCCCUCCUGGUCCUGCUGGUUUUGCUGGUCCACCAGGUGCAGAUGGACAGCCGGGAGUGAAAGGAGAGCAGGGUGAAGGUGGACAGAAGGGUGAUGCUGGAGCCCCGGGCCCUCAGGGGCCCUCUGGAGCUCCGGGCCCGCAGGGACCAACCGGUGUGUCUGGACCAAAAGGGGCUCGUGGUGCUCAAGGCCCUCCUGGUGCCACGGGUUUCCCCGGAGCCGCUGGAAGAGUUGGACCUCCUGGUCCUAAUGGUAACCCUGGUCCAGCCGGUCCUGCUGGUCCUCCUGGUAAAGAUGGGCCAAAGGGUGUCAGAGGAGACGGUGGUCCUCCUGGAAGACCUGGAGACGCUGGUUUACGGGGUUCGGCUGGUCCUGCAGGAGAGAAGGGAGAUCCUGGUGAAGACGGUCCUCACGGUCCGGACGGUCCCGCAGGUCCCCAGGGUCUGGCCGGUCAGCGCGGUAUCGUUGGUCUUCCAGGACAAAGAGGCGAAAGAGGAUUCCCCGGCCUGCCUGGACCCUCCGGUGAGCCGGGUAAGCAGGGGGCUCCUGGGGGACCCGGGGACAGAGGACCUCCUGGCCCUGUAGGGGCACCAGGUCUGACCGGCGCUGCAGGAGAGCCGGGGAGAGAGGGCAAUCCUGGAUCUGAUGGUCCUCCUGGUCGAGAUGGUUCUGCUGGAAUAAAGGGAGACCGAGGUGACACGGGUCCAGCUGGAGCUCCUGGUGCUCCAGGGGGUCCUGGUGCUCCUGGUCCAGUCGGACCCACUGGUAAACAGGGAGACAGAGGAGAGGCGGGUCCCCAUGGGCCUUCUGGACCUCCAGGGCCUGCUGGAGCUCGGGGAAUGCCUGGACCACAAGGACCGCGUGGAGAUAAAGGAGAAGCUGGGGAUUCGGGAGAUAGAGGACAGAAAGGACACAGAGGCUUCACUGGUCUCCAAGGUCUGCCUGGGUCUCCUGGUCAACCUGGUGAUCAAGGUGCUUCUGGACCCUCUGGACCUGGUGGAGCAAGAGGACCCCCAGGCCCUGUCGGUCCAGCUGGAAAAGAUGGAGCAAACGGUUUACCUGGACCCAUUGGACCCCCGGGACCCCGUGGUCGUUCUGGGGAGACUGGUCCAUCAGGUCCUCCUGGAACUCCUGGACCCCCUGGUCCUCCUGGCCCUCCGGGACCUGGCAUCGACAUGUCAGCCUUUGCUGGUCUGUCUCAGCUUGAGAAGUCUCCUGAUCCCCUGAGGUACAUGAGGGCAGACCAGGCCGCAGAUGGUAACCAUCAGCAUGAUGCAGAGGUGGAUGCCACGCUCAAAUCCCUGAACAACCAGAUGGAGAACAUCCGCAGGCCUGAUGGCACCAAAAAGAGCCCGGCCCGGACCUGCAGAGACCUGAAGCAGUGCCACCCAGACUGGAAGAGCGGCGAAUACUGGAUUGACCCGAACCAGGGCUGCACCGUCGAUGCUAUCAAAGUGUUCUGCAACAUGGAGACCGGCGAGAGCUGCAUUUACCCCAAACCUGCCAACAUCCCACGCAAGAACUGGUGGACUACGAAGGGUGGGGAUCGCAAACACAUUUGGUUUGGGGAAGCCAUGAAUGGAGGAUUCCACUUUAACUAUGGAGACGAGAAUCUGUCGCCAAAUACAGCCAGUAUUCAGAUGACCUUCCUCAGACUGCUGUCCACUGAAGCCUCGCAGAACCUUACCUACCACUGCAGGAACAGCAUCGCCUACAUGGACGAAUCCUCUGGGAACCUGAAGAAGGCUCUGCUGCUGCGCGGAUCCAAUGAUGUGGAGAUCCGGGCGGAAGGAAACAGCCGCUUCACCUACAGCGUUCUGGAGGACGGAUGCAAGAAACACACAGGACAGUGGAGCAAGACCGUCAUUGAGUAUAAAUCCCAGAAGACGUCUCGCCUGCCCCUUGUGGACAUUGCCCCUGUGGAUAUAGGAGGAGCACAUCAGGAGUUCGGAGUGGAUGUAGGAGCCGUCUGUUUCUUAUAAGACAGAAGGACGGAUUAAACACACACUUGAGAGUGAGGAGUAAAGAAAGAGAGAAACUAAAGAACUAGACAUUUUAAGCGGGACAUCUUUAUGAUAGACAACAGAAGUGCUUCCGAACGUAUUUUUAGGAUAUGCACUGAUAGGCAGUGUCAGUCUUCACCUGUGACUGUGCUGUCACUCAUUCCCACCUCCACCCUCCGGGACCACCUCCAUCUACAGCAGAACGGUGUAUGAGGGAGAAACCAGAGCAAAGACAGAAGCAGAAGAGUCUUCGUAUUUAUUUAUUGUUAAGGUGCUAUUCCCCUGUCAUUAGGAUCAUCAGCGACAGUCCCCGUAUUAAGCAUUCAACUCCCACAGACUUUACACCACCCUGAGCCUUCAUAUGCGAGUGCUGGUGUUUCUCACGGCCACAGUCUGUGUACAUCACUGCGCAUUCAAGCAUAAUCAGCGGUGCUAAUCUUUCAGAAUGCCUUGCAGAUUUUUACAACAGCCUGAUAUAUAAUAGACAUCUAAUUGUUUGUUUGUAUAUAUGUGUGUGUGUGUGUGUGUGUGUGUGCGCGCAUUACAGUUAGCUUUUCAUUCUACAGUCCCCUAACCCCUAUUAAGGCAGCCUGUUUAGUGUACUUUAUUAGAGACCCUUCAUGUAGUGGAUUUACAUUUGAAGCUACCUCAUGCUGGACAAAACAAUCACAGAGAGAGCAGUCUUUACUAGAGCCUCGAAUCAGGACAAAGCCAGACUGUGCGCUGGUCACAAUCAAGUAAGAUCAAUGAGAUGUCAUUGCGUCUGCCCCAUUCAUGCCUCUUUCUGAAAUCGCCGUUUGCUAAUGCUAGCUCAGUCGGUCUCAUCCUGUAGACUGAAAACAGAUGCAUGUGAUAGUGGAAAAGCUAAGCACUGUUGUAGUAUUGUGUUCAUUUUGCUGUUGUAGUUUUCCUGAAUGCCAAUGUUUAAAGUUGUACACUAGAGAUGCUGUUUAUCCUCUCUCUUUGGUUUUGGAUGCACUCUUAGAUGUAGGGGAAGAGCCGUGUAGUCGAGCGCAUCAGCUCUCCUGCCAUCAGUGUGUGUGCGGUGUUUGCUUCAUCUUUUGUUGUGUUUGUUUUCUAAAAUAAAAGGAUGCUGCAUCUC